UGAUCGCACUAUUGCAGUUGCCCUAAAGCCUCAAAACCAUUAUCCAUCGGGUUGAUUGAUUUGUUCCACUUCCUUCCUCCUCUUCAUCCAUUUUUCUUUUGGGGUUUCACGGGAGGAAGAUCUGUUGAAGGGUUAGGGUUUUGGUUUUGUAGGGCAUCAGUAACAAGAAGAUGACAAUCUCAGAAGAUGAAGAAGAUGCAAACUUGGCUCACUUUCUCGAAUCAGAGGUACUCUCCAUAUCUGAUGAGGAUGAGGUUCAUCACUUAUCAUCAUCGUCACCUUUCAAUAACAACGUACAGGACGACGAGGAUGGCACGAAAGAAGUAGAAGGAGAAAAAUCUUGUCUUUCCCCUUUGUCUUCAAAUAAUAAUACAAACAAGAGAUUACGCGAACUACCUGAUAGCAACGUUGGUGGUUGUGUUACUCAUCAUCAAGGAGAACGAGGAGCAGAGAAGAAAAAGAGGCAAAAGGAACCUUUUACUACUACUAGUACCAGUAAUACGACACAGGAUGAUGAUGAUCAAACUCAAAAUGCUAGAAGAUUUCCAAGCAGGCAGAUUUUGAUGCUGAAAUGUAGCACCCUAGGGUCAAAUUUCAGCAUGAUUCCUUCUGAAUUGUUUCAUAACAUUCUCAAAUUCCUUUCUUCUGAGGAUCUUAUCGCCUGCUCCUGUGUCUGUAAAUAUCUGAACUUUGCUGCAUCUGAUGAGUCGCUAUGGCGCCGACUGUAUUGUAUGAGGUGGGGUCUGUUAUCUCCUACCAACAAGUUACGUGAAUGCGCCUGGAAAAAGCUUUACAUCCAGCGUGACGAAGAGGAUAUGGCUGAAUUUGUUAGGAAUACUCCUUCUGAGUUCAAAGAAUAUUAUAUCCAAAUGCAGGCGGCCAAGAGAAGCCAAGCACCCCUUCCUUCACAAGUGAAUGAUGACCACAUAAUUCUCGAUAAAACAGUUGCUGAUCAAGUGUCUAUAUGGAGAACCAGCAGAGGCUUGCCUGACGAGGUUGUUACUGGACAUGCUUGUUCUGGGGACACAUGCUCCUACUAUCAAAUUGGGGAACUUUUUCUCUGCGAGAAGACCGGCCGCGUUCACGUAUGUGAUGAUACUUGCAGGGAAGUUGUAUUGGAUGCUUCUAGUGGCACUUUGGUUUGUACAAUUUCUGGGCAUUGCUUCGAUAGAUUGCUCUCACCUUCAGAAAUAGAACCAGAUGCUGAACAACAAGGUGGUGGAACAGAUGAAGCGGAGCCAUUCAUGGGAUCAGGCCGAUUUGGUGUGUGAGACUUCUUCAAGCUGCAUCUCGGGCGUAUCUGCUGGGAUAUAACUGCGCUGAUGAAAAGGAGCUGGAAGCAGUAUCGAGGUUUUGCUGAUCAUGUAGCUGUACUUGUGUGUACUGAGGAGAUGUAUUCUUGAUAAAUCGUGUACGUAGGUGUUUAUUAACACAUGACCCUAUGAAACCUUUCAGCCUCGACGCUGAACUUGUUCUUGUUGUAAAAUAUUUUUGGUUACUUUAAUCCUUGCAUCAGGGAAUAAACCUUUGUAUGGUUUUCUUCUAAGAGGCCAAACGAAGGGACACGCAUGUGAUUAGUUUUCUAUUGAAGGGAGUCCGUCAAUCAACCAAUGCUUAUUAUCUA